AUGGGCACGUCAUUCGAACCUUGGUGGAGCUCUGAAGACAUUGAUGCGGGGGUUCGGGCGGGAACGGCCCGCCUUAUGUGGAAGGCAUAUAAGCGGGAAAGUAGCAGUAGUGACAGCACUGAGGAAGAUGAAGUGGCUGCAGUGGGCUGCAUAGAGGACGCCAGGGCCCGAGUGGUGGCGGUAACGAAGCGGUGCGAGACGCCCAUUGUUGGUGUAGUGCGGCCAGGGGAAACCAAGGUCCAGCCGAGAGACCAACGCUUGCCUGCUAUGGACUUAGUUCAACCAUUCGCUAUGGCGGCGGAGGAGGAGUCGGCUCAGUUGGUGGCUUGUGAGAUCGUUGAGUGGGAGGAGGCCAGCGUGAACCCGAAGUGCAGACUGGUGGAGCACUUGGGGGGAGUGGGAACGGGAGUAGCUGAACACCGCGCUGUGAUGGAGCGAUAUGGCCUCACUAGUGUUGAGUAUAGUGAGGAGAUCGAGGAGGAAUUGAAGGCGAAACUUCCCUCAUCUGAAGCAGUAGUUAAUGCCGCACUGAAAGGGCAGGGUCCUAGGAGGUGGGAUUUGAGGAAAUCUCAUCGUGUGGUAUCGAUCGACCCGCCGAGUGCUCGAGAUCUGGACGAUGCGCUUUCGGUGGAGGUGAAGACUGGGGGAAGGUUGAGAAUAGGAGUUCACGUGGCAGAUGUGUCGCAUUUUGUAGCGGCUCAAUCUCAUCUGGAUAGGGAGGCGGCGAGGAGGGCGAUCACUGUGUAUAUGCCCCAUAAGACCUAUCCUAUGCUGCCGAGGCACCUGUCGGAGAACCUGUGUUCGCUACUUCCUGGGGAAGACCGUCUGGCAUUUAGCGUUUUCUUUACGUUGGAUGCUGCUACGGGCGAUCUGUGUGGGGAUGAGCCUGUCGCCUUUGGUAAGAGUAUUAUAAGGAGUUCAGCUAGACUGAGUUAUGAUGAGGUUGAUGCUGCUAUGGGCGCCGAGACCAAAGGCAAUGCUUUUCAGAUUGAUCGUGCGAUCCUGGAAGACAUUCGGCUGCUGUGGGACGUGGCUGCGAAGAGGAAUGCCUCUCGUGGUGAUGAUACUAUCCGAGUUAGUUCAUCGAAGAGGGCUAAAGAGUUUGCAUACGAAAUCGGGUAG